AUGUCUUCUACGAUUUCCAAGUAUGACCCUAUUCAGGGUGCGAUAUGGAAACAAAAAGAAGCAGUCCCCUACAAAGCAGUAGCUUCCCUUUUAGAUGAAGUCGAAAAGAUCGGAGAGAGAAAUCGUAUCAUUUCCCUCACCGCAAACCUUUUUCGAAGUAUAAUUGCGACUACUCCGGAUGACUUGCUCCCCACAGUAUAUUUAUUGAUAAACCAAGUAGCUCCUUCAUAUGAGGGCUUGGAGCUUGGAAUAGGAGACGGAAUCAUUAUCAAGGCUAUUCAAGAAGCUACUGGUAAAUCAUCCGCCUCCAUUAAGUCUGAACUCAAGAAACAUGGAGAUCUUGGAGAUGUCGCAAUGACCUGUAAAUCGACACAGCGCCUUCUCUUUCCUCCCCCUCCUCUUACCGUCCGCGGUCUCUUCAAAGAUUUUCUCUCGCUCGCUCAACUUGAGGGCAACAGCACCCAGAGUCGGAAAGUAGGCGUCAUCAAGCGCCUCCUCGUCUCCGCUCACGGCUCCGAAAUCAAGUUUCUAGUGCGCGGUCUGCAAGGAAAACUUCGAGUCGGACUGGCGGAGCAGUCCGUUCUCGCCGCUCUCGCGCACGCCGUCGUUCUCACGCCCCCUUCCGCCACUCUCCCGCCCCCCGUUCUCGACGCUUCCCUCCACACCAACCCCGCAAAGCUCCAAACCAUGCUCAGCGACGCGGUCGAGACCGUCAAACAGGCGCUCAGCGAGUGUCCCUCCUACGACAAGCUCAUUCCCGCGGUUCUACAAGCCCCACUGUCGCAGCUGAACCAGAUCUGCCACUUAACGCCUGGAAUUCCGGUGCAUCCCAUGCUCGCCAAGCCCACGAAGGGCAUUUCGGAGGUACUGGACCGGCUGCAAGGCCGGCAGUUCACGUGCGAGUUUAAAUACGACGGCGAGCGCGCGCAGAUCCAUCGGAGAGAAGACGGUACGAUCAAGAUCUUCAGUCGGAACAACGAGGACAACACGAGCAAGUACCCGGAUCUGGUGAAGGCGCUGCAGGAUUGCGUGUCUGCGUCGGUAGGAACGUUCAUCGUGGAUAGCGAGUGCGUGGCGUGGGACCGCGAGGCGAAGCGCAUCCUGCCGUUCCAGAUUUUGAGCACGCGCGCGAGGAAGGAAGUGAAGGAGGAGGAAGUGAAGAUCCACGUCGUGAUUUUCGCGUUCGACUUGCUGUUUUUGAACGGAGAGUCGCUGAUCCAGAAGCCGCUGCGCGAGCGACGCGCGCUGCUGCGUGAAAACUUCAAAGAAGUGGAGGGCAAAAUCCACUUUGCGUCGUUCAUGGACGACAACGACACCGAAAAGAUCCAGGCUUUUCUUUUGGAAUCGGUGGCCAACGGAUGCGAGGGCCUGAUGAUCAAAACGCUGGAGGAAAACGCGACGUAUGAGCCUUCCAAGCGCUCGCUGAACUGGCUGAAACUGAAAAAGGAUUAUUUGCAGGAUUUGGGGGAUUCGAUGGAUCUGGUGCCAAUUGGCGGGUAUUAUGGGAAAGGCAAAAGAACGGGGAAUUUUGGCGCGUUUUUGCUGGCUUGUUUUGAUGAAUCGUCGGAAGAAUUUCAGAGCAUUUGCAAGGUAAUUGGGACGGGAUUCAGUGAUGACGCGUUGAAACAGUAUUCCGAAUUCUUUUCGAAUGGCAAUCUUCUUGACCACAAACUUCCGAUUUUCAAUGUGAAUCCUUCAGUCGAACCGGAUGUUUGGCUGAAUCCGGUGCAAGUCUGGGAAGUCCGCGCUGCCGAUCUGUCCAUUUCGCCUGUUCAUACGGCUGCCAUCGGAUUGGUGGAUGCAGAUAAGGGAAUAGCGUUGCGAUUCCCGCGAUUUGUGAGAAUUCGAGAGGACAAAAAGCCGGAAGAAGCGACGACUGCAGAGCAAGUCGUGGACUUUUACAAGAGUCAAGCGAAUGUUUCUGGAGCGAAUGAAUAA